AUGAGAGAGGUCAUUAGUUUGAACGUGGGCCAAGCUGGCUGCCAAAUUGCCAAUUCUUGCUGGGAGCUCUACUGCUUGGAGCACGGAAUCCAGCCGGAUGGCUUUCUCACAGAGGAACGUAAGGAGCAAGAUCCCGAUCAGGGCUUUAGCACAUUCUUCUCCGAGACUGGCAAUGGAAAAUACGUCCCACGAACCAUCUACUGCGAUCUUGAGCCCAAUGUCGUCGACGAAGUCCGCACCGGCACUUACCGCUCUCUCUUCCAUCCUGAACAGAUGAUCACCGGAAAGGAAGAUGCCUCAAACAACUAUGCACGAGGCCAUUACACCGUCGGGAAGGAGUUGAUUGAUCAAGUGUUGGACAAAGUCCGCCGUGUUGCAGACAAUUGCUCGGGUCUACAGGGGUUCUUGGUCUUCCACUCAUUUGGUGGGGGUACUGGAUCAGGCUUCGGUGCUCUUCUUAUGGAGCGUCUCUCUGUCGAUUAUGGCAAGAAGUGCAAGCUCGAGUUUUGCGUCUACCCCGCUCCUCAGGUCGCAACGUCGGUCGUCGAGCCAUACAACUCUAUCCUGACCACACAUACAACCCUCGAGCACUCUGACUGCAGUUUCAUGGUCGACAAUGAGGCUAUCUAUGAUAUCUGCCGUCGCAAUUUGACGAUCGAGCGCCCCAACUAUGAGAACCUAAACCGCUUGAUUGCGCAGGUCGUCUCGUCCAUCACUGCCUCUCUCCGCUUCGACGGCUCUCUCAACGUUGAUCUGAAUGAGUUCCAGACUAAUCUGGUUCCAUAUCCACGUAUCCACUUCCCACUCGUCGCCUACUCGCCAGUCGUAUCUGCCGCCAAGGCUUCACAUGAAGCUAACUCUGUGGCUGAGAUUUCAAGCUCCUGCUUCGAGCCUCACAAUCAGAUGGUAAAAUGCGAUCCUCGCAACGGCAAAUACAUGGCGACUUGCCUCCUCUACCGCGGCGACGUUGUACCCAAGGAGGUCCAUGGUGCUGUCGCCACUCUCAAGACUAAGCGCACCAUCCAAUUCGUCGACUGGUGCCCUACAGGGUUCAAGAUUGGAAUUUGCUAUCAACCCCCUCAGAUGGUCCCUAACGGUGACCUUGCUAAAGUCAACCGCGCUGUCUGCAUGUUGUCCAAUACUACUGCUAUCGCCGAGGCCUGGUCGGCACUCUCUCAUAAAUUCGAUCUCAUGUACUCCAAGCGCGCCUUCGUCCACUGGUAUGUUGGUGAGGGUAUGGAGGAGGGUGAAUUCUCCGAAGCUCGUGAAGACUUGGCUGCCCUUGAGCGCGACUACGAGGAGGUUGCUACGGACUCAGCAGAGGGCGAGGAGGGCGCUGAAGCGGAAUACUAA